AUGGCCUCGAACAACGAUUGCGUUGAGAAUAUUCUCACUUUUAAGAUUCUUAACAACCAAAUUAUUCAUCGUUUCUCUCUUCCUUAUACAAGUGUUGAAACUUUAUUCGAAAAACUUAAUAUUGAGUUGAAAGAGCGUAACAUUUCUAAUGAAAACAUUCGUUAUAUUGAUGAUUCUGAUGAUCUUGUAUGCUUGAAAUCGAUUUCGGAUCUAGGAGAAGCUCUCCGAUCCAAGCCAUCUGUACUUUGCGUUGUUGUUUUCUGUGACAAUCACAAAAAGCAUCAUCAUCAGCAUGAUUUCUUUGGUCAUGGUCAUGACCACCAUGCUGCUGAACGUGCAAAAUGCAUGUUCAGAAAGUUCAGAGAAAACGCUCAUGAUUCUUCCUCUGAGAGCUCUUCAGGGGAAGAGAGCGACUUUCCUCAUCAUCGAAAGCAUCAUAAAUUCAUGAAAAUGAUGAAAUGCAUGCAAAAUGAAAAACACAAGCAUGGUUUUCAUAGACCACCUCACUUUCCCCCUCAUUUCGGGAGAAGAAGCAUGUUGCCAGGAGACGGGGAUGAUGAACAUUUCUCUCACAUGAGUCAUCAUUUCAAACACGGAUUCCCGCAUUCACAUGGAAGAUUUGGAAAAUUCAGAGGAGUGCAUCAUCAUCCUUUCGGACAUUUUGGAGGAUGGCGUCGCGGAUGCCCACGCGGCCCACGUUUUCACGGAUUCGGAGCAAGUGAGGAAAUGUUCCAUCGUCAUGGACAACACGGAAGAAGACAUCCUCAUCCUCAUCCUCAUUUCUAA